UUAUACACGAAGAUGGCGAUGUAGUUAGACGGAGAACGGGAGUAUCUGAAAUAAUGAGUAGGAAAUUAAACUUCUGAGAGCUGAAAAACUGGAAAAGGAUGAUAAAGUGACCGGACCAGGAAUAAUAAUAAUUAUAAGAAGAAGAAAGAAAACAAAAGAAGAAGAAUGUCGGUUAAAACCGGAAGUGUGUUCGCGGCGGCGGGAGCUCUCUCCUACACUGACAACCUCAUCGGCACCUUGCUGGCGAUCAUCGGAAAUUUGCUCAUCAGCAUCUCAGUGAACAUACAGAAACAAAGCCACGUGGUCUUAGCAAGCACCAAAGAUCCGAGGCAGUACUACUGCACAAAGACGUGGUGGUGUGGUCUCAUACUGCUGCUAAUCGGAGAAGGAUCCCUGUUCGCGUCCUACGCCUUCGCUCCACUCGCCCUCAUAGCCCCCCUCAGUGCCGUGUCUCUCAUAGGCAACUGUAUUUUAGGAUUUCUGUAUCUGAGAGAAAAAUGGAAGCCAAAGGAAUUUUUGAAGCGCUAUAUUUUAUCGUUCCUCGGCUGUGCCUUGACAGUAGUGGGCACAUACCUCUUCAUCACGUUCGGCCCAAACUCCCACGAGCAACUGACAGCCGAUAACAUCGUAAAGCACCUGAUUGGCUGGCCUGUCCUCCUGUACCUGCUCCUGGAGAUCAUCACAUUCUGUCUGGUGCUGUAUUUUUACAAACACCGCAACGCGAACUACCUCAUGCUCAUCCUGCUGUUAGUGGCGCUGCUGGGCUCUGUGACGGUCAUCGCGGUGAAGGCAGUUGCAGGGAUGGUGGUUCUCAGCAUUCAGGGCUCCCUGCAGCUCAGUUAUCCCAUUUUCUACGUCAUGUUUGUCUGCAUGGUGGCCACCAUCUUCUUUCAGGCAACAUUUCUAGCCGAGGCGUCCCAUUUAUAUGAUUCAUCCCUCAUCGCUUGUGUUAACUACAUCAUCUCAACCGUCUUUGCUGUCGGCGCAGGAGCCAUAUUUUAUCUGGAAUUUAACCAAGCGGAUAUUCUUCACAUCUGCCUGUUUUUAUUAGGAUGUUUCGUAUGCUUCCUCGGCGUAUUCCUCAUCACCAAAAACAAGAAGAACGGCAAAGCAUUCGAGCCGUACGUGACCAUGGACAUGGUGAAAGGAAUUCCAACAAUCCACGAAAAAGGCUGCCCGAUUCAGCCUGACUACAACGGCUCCUUCUCCUACGGCGCACUCGUAAACAGCGACGGCGCCGCCGCACCCGCAACCCUCCCCGUGGUGAAUCAGGGUGCGAGUGUGCCUCCCAGCAGCUCGGGUCACACGUAUCAGGAAGACACGCUCAAAAAAGACUAGUUAUACUGUACCUCUCACUCCAAAAAAAAAAAAAGAGGAAUUAAUUCGGACCUGACACAACCGAAAAUAGAACUCAUUGAAUAACCUGCUGAUCCAAAAACAAGAAUGUGGGGGACAAUUCCCGUAAGACUGUGCUGCAAAUUUAAUCUUUUAUUUUAUAAUAAUAUAAUAAUAUUCAAAGAUUCUAGAGCAUCAUUAUGUCAAGACCACUGUAAGACAUCAGGGUGAGCUAAAGCAAAAAAAAAAAUAAUAAUAAUACAGAAGCAGAACUCUGGUGUUUGUGUGCGAGACCACUGUAUCAUACUGUAAUGUCCUUUACAGAUAUCGCCAUCGCAGCCAAAGAAAACUUGAUCCCUUAAUUUAUAACUGACUAACACAAGACGGUUGUGGUGAGAGUUUGAUUUGUCAUGUGAUUAUUAUUAUUUUUUUUAGGAAUAAUAUUUGCUUGUAUUUCAUGAAGGAGACCUAUGUAUGAUAAUUAUAUUUAAUAUAGUAAGUAAUAUAAAAAUGCCUUAGAACAAAAAAAAAGUAAUAAUUUCCAACAUUGCCAUAUAGCACUUUUAUUCUUGGGUUACGGUCUAUAAGGUUUCUCAUGUUUUUCUCGUUUCUGUAUGGGUUUCCUCCAGGUUCUCUGGUUUCCUCUCAUCUACUACUUGGGGGUCAGUCAAUCUUUUGGUGACUUUUUAAGUUUAUACAGAGCAUCCUAUCCUUUCCCUCUAAGGCAGUUUUAGGGUGAGGGGGGGAAACUCAGCAACUUUUAAAAAUGACAUAUCCAACAGCUAAGCUUCUAACUCCAGUCUGUGCCGCUCUUAGCGUCAGUAUCCUCCUGUCAGUAUAUACACAACGAGUCAUUCAUCCAGAAUCAUGUACCUGGUUUUAGAUAGGCAACAAACAUUUUAAAGAAGGCUGUCUGUUCUUGAAUGACGAUCUCGAUUGCCCUUGAUAGAAGAUUCCAUGAACAUUCAGCAAGUGGAACACUUUUUUUUUUUUCUUCUUUUUUUAUGGAUAGAUGCCUUGUCUCUAAGUUGUGGAAAAGAUGCCCAUUCGAAGCCGUUUGCGCUAUUAAAGGAAUUCCUGGAAGGCCAGUGUUUCAGACAUAAAGCAGGGAGUCCAAUCAUGGCUUUGGUGUACUGGUGAACUUUCUACCUUGAUGGUAUCCAAGCAAAGACUGGGAUAAGUGCAUUUGUGUAGCAGGGGAUUAUAUAGAGAAAUAAAUUUAGUUUUCUCAUAACCGUGUUAUAUCAUUCUCCGCUAUCAAAAGUCCCAGUUUGACUUGAACACUUGUAUAUUUCCAUGCCUUAUUGCAAUUCAUGUUUGUUUAAUGAGGGUUCCUAGUUAUACAACACAGGUUGUUCAAGCGAUAGUGAAUAUGCCGUCCGCUAGGCUAGUCUUAGAAUUUGUGCUUAACUGUGUUGAUUACAUGGAAGUCUAAAUGAUUUGAAAUGACAAACAGUUCACCAAACUUAGCUAUUUAGCAUUAGUUAUUAAUGAAUCUUAGUUAGUGGAAUACAUUGGGUAUAUAAAAAUAGCUAGCGAGAUAAAGAUGCCAUAAAAUAAGAUAUUCAAUAUAGUAAGAUGACGUGUUUUACACUUGAGUUGUUAUUGGAAUAGCUACACAAUUAGCUAUAUAGCUAUCUAGCUUGGUUGCUAGCCCAUGUUACUGAUUUAGUAUUAAGUAAAAUAAGGUGUUUAGAAAUUUGCAGAAAAUGGAAGCAAUCCUGGAGCGAAUUCUGCCAUUAUUGAAAGCCAUUGCAGGAAUCUUCAAGUUUUUGUUUUACAUUAUCAGAUUUGUCUGAACUCUCAUUAUUUAUAUAUUCAUCAUAAAACUCCCCCUAAAAAAAAAACAAGUCUUCCUACCACUGACCCAAGCAUUCACAAAUAUCUUAACCAAGGUAUUGGUGUGUUAUGAAUGUUUUAUGAAACUCAUUAGCACUGACCUUACACUGAAGUUUGAUUGAUUGAGGAUCUCAAGAUGUUUUUUUCUGAGGUCUCUCAUCGAUCAGCAUGCUUUAAAGCCUUAUAUUGUCAUAUUAUUGUAUAUUAGUGCCUCUGAGGUGAGCUUGUGGAGAAUAGAGUUUAUCAUGUAUAUCGAUAAUAAUUUAUUUCUUUAUUGCAGUCACUGUAUUUCUUAAGGUAAACUGUAAAAGGUAGCUCUCUUUUGUGAAGGGAAUUUAAUUUAUUGAUUUAUUUCUAAGCUUUUGUUUAAAAAGACUUGCACUGUUUUUUUUUGUUUUUUUUUCAUUCGAAAUUCCGAAGAAAUCCCGAAAAAAGAAUGUAUGGACCAAACGGAAAAAUGUGGAGUACUUGAGUCAGAAUUAAAUUUUUCUAUGUAACACUAAUUAAUCUUAGUUUUCAAUUAUUUUAAUGAAAUUAACUAAAUGCUGAUUGGAUCUGUUGUUAAAAUAGGUUUGCUGGUCUAAAUGGUACUUUUUAAUUUUCUGCUUAGUUUCUACAAUGUUACUGUAAGUGUUCCACUUUUUAUUAAACUCUUUACGCUGCAU